UCCGCCCUCCCCCUCCCCCCGCCCACCCCGCGAGUCGGCAGAGAAACGGCGGCACAAUGGCGGCGCCCGUACCCCCUCCGCGUCCCGUCACCCACCUGCUUUUUGACAUGGACGGCCUCCUUCUGGAUACCGAGCGGCUCUACUCGGCUGUGUUUGAGGACAUCUGCGGGCGCUACGGGAAGAAGUACAGCUGGGAUGUGAAGUCGCUGGUGAUGGGCAAGAAGGCGCUGGAGGCGGCCCAGCUGAUCAGAGACACGCUGCAGCUCCCAAUGUCCGCGGAGGAGCUGGUGGAGGUGAGCCAGGCCAAGCUGAAGGAGGUCUUCCCCACGGCCGCGCUCAUGCCAGGCGUGGAGAAGCUGAUCCACCAUCUGCGGAAGCACGAUGUGCCCUGCGCCGUGGCCACCAGCUCGGGGACGGUGUCCUUCCAGCUGAAGACCAGCCGCCACCGGGACUUCUUCGGCCUCUUCCACCACGUGGUGCUGGGCGAUGACCCCGAGGUGCGGAGCGGGAAGCCCGAGCCCGACAUCUUCCUGGCCUGCGCACGCCGCUUUUCUCCAGCUCCUCCCGCCGACAAGUGCCUGGUCUUCGAGGACGCACCCAACGGGGUGGAGGCGGCCCUCGCCGCCGGGAUGCAGGUGGUCAUGGUCCCCGACGGAAAGCUGAACCCAGACCUGACCUCCAAGGCCACCCUCGUGCUGGGCUCCCUGCAGGAUUUCCAGCCCGAGCUGUUCGGCCUGCCUCCCUACGACUGAGACGGUGCCCACCCGCCCCUGCCCCGGCUGUCUCCGCUGGCAGAGGGCCGGGGCAUGCCCUGAGGAGCUGGAGGGAAGCCCCGCGCCCAGACCUCCCCGGGAACCGGCCUUCAACUCCAAGCCUUCUCAGCUCGCGGAGGGCCGGGCCGGCGCUCUCCACGGGCUGCAAACUCUCACUUGACACGCAGAAGGCAGACCCAGCCCAGAACACAAGAUGGAAGAUUCUCACUCGAAUAAUCGUAUUUAAUCUGAAUGAUUUAGCUUCACGUCCUUUAUCUUCUUUGGUGUUCUCAACCCUGGCUGGCAACUGUAAAAUAUGUAUGCAUAUGUGUAUGUGCUUGUAUGUAUAUAUAUGUAGGUACAUAUUUACUUCUAUUUAUAGACAUCAAGUACUGUAUCAGUCUUAAGUGCGUUUUUGUCUUCAAGGGCAGUAACAACUGUUACAAGUGAGGUGGUCAUUCUGUUUGUAAUCUGAGUGGGAAAUUCACAUCAGGACCUGUGGUCAGAGCCCGUGACCGCGAUCAUCCGUUGUUUGCUGUCGGUGUGGACAUCGUUGUAGCCUACGUCUUACGUCGAGGUGCGUAUGCACAUUCGAGAACAUUUUCUACCUCAGAGAAAUCGUUUCCUUUAAGAUCAUUUAUUUUUCUAAUACGCUCUUCGGUGGAGAUAGAAUUGGACUGGAGAAUGCAGUCUUGGUAUCACCAAGAACCCACUUGGGGAACAGUUUAUCGGACAUUACAUGCUGGUGAUUAACGCCUUCUAAUAGAUUUCUUCCAGAAGCCUGGCACGCUGCAGUCCAUGGGGUUGUAAGGAGUCGGACACGACUUAGCGACUGGAUAACAACAGACUUCCUCAGCCUUUUGCGUUGGGAACAUCAUUGAAAAAUGAGAAUGAUAUAAUCACAGGGUGUUCCUACUGGGUGGCCCCCCACCCAAGUAUUCUCUGUUACUGAUUGUCUUAAGCUGAUUUUCAACUGUGUAAGGUCUUAGAAAAAUGAAAGAAAUGUGUGUGACGGUGAUGAUUGUUCAUGAUUAUUUCUGGCCUUUGACCAGUUUUGCACCGUUUCAGCUAAUUGAUCUCAAUAUUUCUUGAUGGCCCUGUAUACGUGUCUCUUUGAAUUCUCCCUGAAAUUGCUUGUAACAUGUUACUGUUUCCCUCACCAGUUAAUUUCAUUGAAUAAAAGUUUUGACUCUUGUUUCUGUUUUA